UUCUCUAGGGUUCUAAUUCUUCUUCCCGCGACCAGAGCUUUCUUCUUCUGCAAACCGACACUCAACUCUGUGCCCUAAUUCGACCGAUCGGUGGGCUUUCCGAGCUCACUCUCGGAGAUUUAUUAUCAUCAGCAGAGACUAUCAUCAUCAGCUAUGGCGGGAAGAGAGGUUCGUGAGUAUACCAACCUCAGCGACCCCAAAGAUAAGAAAUGGGGAAAGGGAAAGGACAAGAUUGACGAUGAAGACGUAACGUUCCAGCGCAUGGUUGCUAAGGGAUUUUGGCUUUUACCGGGGGGUUGAUGCAAGCAGAUGCAAGAAGCUGCUGGAGAACGUGGCGGGUAUCUGCAUGGACGAGGCGCCUUGGACAGUGAUGACCUGCUUUACCUCAAGGAGCAGAUGGAGGCCGAGGAGGAUGCAGAACGGCUCCUUCGUCGCACUGAGAAGCGUGCCUUUGCUGCAUUCAAGAGAGCUGCAAGUUUAGCAGAUACAUCACCUGCAUCAGUCCCCUUGCCACUCCGUGUCGAACCGAAGCCAAAGAGUGGGAUUAGGCAGCAAGAUCUACUGAAGAAAGUGGUGGAAGUCAAACCCAAACGGCAGAAGGUAUCAGCCACUCAACCGAAUGCGGAUCAGCCUCAGCCUGCUGCAACUUCCAGCGACCGCGUUUCAUCGGAAUCAAAAUCCGAGGAUAAUUCGGGGAAAGAACAGACUUCAUCUACGCCAAAACAGGCUGAGGGCGAGACUAAAGAGGACAACCCAGUUAAGAGCUUGCUGGGACUAGCAUAUGCAAGUUCUGAUGAUGAUGAAGAAGACUGAACUGAACCGAGUUGUUCAAAAUUUUUCAUUCCCUGUUCUUGAUGUGCAGAGUAUGGUAAAGUUUUGUAGUGUAAUCUUGUGACUCUGUUCUUGACAAACGUUGAAUGAGUUAUGAAAAUUUUGGUCUCUUCAUGGUCUCUCA